CAAAAACGAGCGUAUCCGGUAACAGAACUUCAUAAAACAGUUAUUUGUACAACUUAUCGCCCGUGAUUGCGAUUUAGUAAAAUUAGGGCUAUACACAACUUUCUCACACUUGAGCUUAAGUAAACGGCGAGAUAUCAUAAAUCCAUAACGAACGGACAGUGAUUAAAUAUCUUUUGCGUAACUGUAUAUUAGUGAUUUUUUUCAUAUUAGAAAAAAAAUCUGUUUAUAUAUAACAGAAACUUCGACAUUCUCCGUUUGCUGAUAUUGUUUAUACCAGCAAUUAGCCAAAGAAUGCCGGAAUUGCAUUCGGAAUAAAUCGUAAUUGUACGGAAAUAGCACAGUGUCAUUAUGGAUCCAUUACUUUAAAAGGUGGAAGAGGCUACUACAUCACAUCACGGUAUUGCUUUGCGGGGUUCACUUGUAAAUCGGAUUUUAGCACUCUGCAAGACACAUCAAGAAUAUCUAGAUAUUCGGAAAUAAUGAAACAAAUAGGGAUCAUCCUUCUAGUUGGUUUGCUGAUCAUAGGAACAGAAGCAUGGCAUAUACUAUGGAAUACCAAAAUCGUUAAACGCGAUGCGUAUGGCGCAGUUUACAAAGAAGAUGAUGCGAAAGAUUCAAACGCUAUUACCGGUAAUGGUGACAGUAACCAAGACAAGAAAAACAGCAUCGCUGACGUAAAAGUAGACACACAAGAUGUUGUUGGUAAACACAAAGCAGACAACUCCGGUCAAUUAGAAAAAACACUGAAAAUGAAAGACAGUAAAAGGAAAGAAAAAAAUAAUAAAUCUGAUGACUUGGCUGCUUUGAAACGUGAAAAGCAUUGUGGCAAAAAAAUAGAAAGUCAGCGUGUCGGACAGGGUAUGAAUAAAGAGGACCAAAGCCGUAUGGAAAAAUGUUUGAACAAGGAAGCCUGUAAAGGUAGAAGAAGAAAGAACAAGAAGAAUCAGAGCAACGAUAAAAAGAAAAAGAAAAAUGAGGACAGUGGUCAAACGGGAAAGAAGUAUGAGGGCAAUGGAAAAACAAGAAAGAAAAAUGGGGACAAUGGCAAAAACGGAAAUAAUAAUGAGGACAAUGAAAAAACGAAGAAAGAUGGCAGAAGGAAAAAGGAAAAGGAGAAUAAUGACAGUGGUAAAAAAGGAAAGAAGAAUGAAGGAAGAAGGAAAAAGGAAAAGGAGAAUGAUGACAGUAGCAAAAAGGGAAAGAAGAAUGAUGGUAGUGGCAAAACGGAAAAGAAUAGUGCAGGCAGAAGGAAAAAGGAAAAGGAGAGUGGAGACAGUGGCUAUAAAGAGAAAGGAAACAAGGUCAGUGUUGAUGAGGACAAUAAAGCAUCGCAAUGA